CAAAUGGUUGGCGUAGAAAAUAAAAAGUGUGUGUGUGUGUGUGUGCUAUAUAUGGAAGAUUGUGUAGAAUAUGUAACUGUUUCGGCAAAACAAAUAAUGAAAGAAGCUCUAGAGUUAUAUCUAAUUAGCUAAACUCUCAUAAUUAUAAACCAAGCAACGAAAAUGGAUAGUAGUAAUGUGUUAGAACUCAACCUUGGCGUAGGGAAUAAUGGUGGUGGCCAAGUAGGGCAGUCGGUGAGGCCACGGUGUCCGGCACCUUUUCUUUUGAAGACUUAUGAUUUGUUGGAAGAAAGCGGCAACGGCGGCAAGAUAGUUUCAUGGAAUGGAGAUGGGAGUGGUUUUAUUGUAUGGUCUCCGGCUGAAUUCUCUGACCUCACCUUGCCUAGAUUUUUCAAGCACAAUAACUUCUCAAGCUUCAUUCGCCAAUUGAAUACAUAUGGAUUCAAGAAAAUAUCAUCAAAAAGAUGGGAGUUCAAGCAUGAGAAAUUUCAGAGAGGGUGUAGGGAUAUGCUAGUUGAGAUCACAAGGAAAAAGUGCGAGCCUAGCGUGUUCCCUUCAUACCUCAAGUCUUCUUCAGAGGAAAAUGCAAUCACUUCUAAUAAUUCAAUGGAAGAAAACAACAAUAAUAGCCAUCAACUACUUAUGGAGGAGAACAAGAACCUUAAGAAGGAGAGGUUGGAGCUGCAAAUGCAGAUAGCUGAGUUUAAAUCACUUGAAAUGAAGUUGUUAGAGUGUCUCUCUCAAGUUAUGGACAACCACCAAAAUAAAAGUCGGGGACAAUGUUAGCUCAUAUUCAAUUAAUGACAUAGUGAAAUAGAGAGAGGAAGAAAAAAGUGCUUUUCAUGGAAUAAUUCUUCAAAGUUCCUGGUUUAGUCACAUGUGAGUAAGGCAUUGAAAUGAUCAGCACCAACAUGCAACAACGGCUUUCCCUCUUAAUUAGCUUCAUCCUUAGCAAUAACAUAGUGUUCAAAAUAUAAUUAAUUUAGUACUAAAACCAGAUUGGUGAUACGGCAAACAAUCCUGUUUUCUUCUUAGUAAUCUUGAAUUCAUGUCUUGGACAUGAAAAAUACCCAUACUCAAAUUAUUAGUUGAGAUUCUAAUUAUAUAAUACAAACACCAAUACUAAUGAAAAUUACCAAAAAUGAAUAAACUUACUCUAGUCAUGUGUAAGACUUGUAGGUCUUGGUUUAUAGUAAUUUUUGUUGUGGAUUUUAUUAUACAAAUGAAUGAAGUGAGUAAGGUUUUGUAUCCCACCCUUUUUGGUGGGCGAAAUGACAUUUUUCAUGUAUAGAAAAACAUGCCCCUCCAUCAUCGAAAAAACAUCUCAGAAGAAAUAGAAUACUAUUAGAUUCCACCACCUCACUCGCAACGUUACUUCAGGAGUGUCCCAAGCCAAAGAUGCUUAUAGAAUUCACAUUUAAGGUAUAGAAAUCUAAUUAUACAUUCUUCUAUUACGAGAUGCAUAUAGACAUAUAUGGUGUAUCCCAAGACAAAGAUGCAUAUACUAGUACAUAACCGGUCUCAUUUAAGUUAUAGAAUUCACAUCAGGUAUCCUGUCUGAAAAAAAGAUGCAUCAAAUAUUUAGAAUUUCCCCAACGGCUCAGAAAAAACUUCCAUUCCAAAAUCGUUCUUCAAGGUUUUGAUGGUCUGAAAUAAAUCUACCUGCAAAUCUCCAAUAGAGCGCAAAAAUGAUGUACUAACUAUGAAAAGAGAUAUAGUAUCCAUGUAAAACAUUCUAAUCAUCAAACACAACCUCCUGACUCAGCAUCAAAAUUUGCCAUAUAAAAUGUCAUCAAACUCAUUCAAGAAUCAAGAUUCAAUACACCACCAAAAUGGCUUCUAAGUAUAACCCGUUAUUAAAUGUACUACUAAUAAUAAACCUACUCAGAUAAGGUUGACUUCAGCUCCCCAUUAUUCUGCAGGUCUAUCACAAUGUCGGAUCCACCUAUCAGCUCACCUUUGUAGUAGAGUUGAGGAAAGGUAGGCCAGUUUGAGAAUGUCUUCAAUCCCUGUCUCACCUCCUCAUCACUCAAUAUGUCAAAGGACCCGAAACUCACACCCUCAUCUCGAAGGGCACUCACAACUUUGGAACUAAAA